UCGCGCAUGAGCCGGGAGAUCCGCAUGCUGCAGAUGGAGCCGCCUCCCGGUGUGUGGGCUGCCCCGGUGGGCGACAAAGUGACGGAGCUCGAGGCCCAACUCCAGGGCCCCAAGGACACGGUGUACGAGGGAGGCCUGUUCAAGCUGGCGGUGCACAUCCCCGCCAGGUACCCCUUCGAGCCGCCCAAGGUCAAGUUUGUGACCCCCAUUUACCACCCAAACAUAGACCCAGAGGGCCGCAUCUGCCUGGACAUCCUCAACAUGCCGCCCAAGGGCGCCUGGAAGCCCAGCCUCAACGUGCCCACCCUGCUGGCCUCCGUCGGCCUGCUGCUGGCCGAGCCCAACCCAGACGACGGCCUGGUCACUGACAUUACCGCCGAGUUCAAGCACCAGCGCCAGGUGUUUGAUGCCAAGGCGCGGCAGUGGACACAGCGGCAUGCGAUGCAGCAG